AUGAAGGAUUAGUUGAAUGAUUGGGAUUUCUGCAAUCCAAAUAAUUAUAUUGAUAAAUUGCCUGAGCCUUAUAGGUAUGAUGAUAUUUAGCAUCAAGAUUCAUUAAUAAAAUUGUCUAAAAAGACAUUCUUUUAGAAGUUUAUUCUAAAGUUUUCUUAAUUGAGAAAUACAGAUCUGAUCCAAAUUAUGAAGGACCUUUAAGAACCUUGCCUCCUUAGGGAAUUUUCGACAUUUCAAAUAUUACUACUCUAAGCUCAAACAGUUCAAACUAGUAAAUUGCUGCAGGAGAUUUGCAAGGGAAUAUUUUUAUUUUAGAUAUGAGUAAGAAAACAAAAACUUGUAAAAAAGAGGUGGGGCAAAAAAGGAUAAAUAAAGUUUGUUUGGGAAUUAGAGAAGGUGCUUCAGAUGAUUAAAAAAAUGUUUGCAUGUAACAGUUUUAGGCAUUUUUAGAAUAGGAGUUAUAAGCCAUUUAGAUCCAGUAGUGCAAAUAUUCAAAUAUAAACCAGGAGAGAAUAAAAUAAGUUAAAUUCAUUUUAUUUAAAUCACAAAAAAUACAACUUAGAUCGGUGAACUACCUAUGGAUAUUGAAAUCAGCAAAUAUUCACAAUAUAUAUUAAUCACAUAAUAUAAUGGUUGUUUGUUAAUAUAUAAAAUACCAGAAAUCAAGAUUGAAUCAUAAUUAGUAGGCUAGACAACUCAAAUAUAAAAUUAAAAUACUCUAUUACCACCUCUAAUUAAUCAAAAAUAAACUUAAUCAAAAGAUUAGUUAAAAGUGAUAAUCCCUACAAAUUCUUACAAUGAUAUCGUCGCAACUGAGAUUACUGAACCUUUCUAUCAGAUUAAAUUUUCAGGUUUAAAGAGAGAAUAUAAAUUUAACGAGAUAAUUAAUUCAUUCAAAGAGUAAAAUGUUCCAAAAGAAAUUGAAGUUAAAGACGAUAAAAAAAAAUAGCAAACUAAUACUCAAUAAUAAAAGAAAUAAGAAGCUCAAUAAGUAAAAGAAGAAUUAGGCUUAGAAGAGAAUAACAACUAAUUAAUUAUAAAACAUUAAAUUAAAGAUGGUUAUGAUAUAAGUGAAGAAUAUCCUGCAUAAAAAUUUAAACCGUAUUUUGCUUUUCUAUAAGAGGUAGUAAAUGUGUAAAAUGGUUCCAAAACAUUUGAUAAAGUAAGAUUUUUAUAUAUUUUAGUACAAAUAAUAUGAAGUUGUUGUUGGUAUAGUGGUUGGAUGGUCAAAUACAACAAGACUAGAGCUUCAUUAUUUUAAUUAACCGAAAAAAAAUAAUUUGCCAUAAUACAUCAUCACAUAGUUGACUUUAGAAAAAGAAAUUAAAUUACAGUUGCCAAUAAUAAAAAAAAAUGAAGUUAAGUUUAUUGAGAUUCCAUUAAUUUAUCCAAUAUCUUGUAUAGCUAUCUCAAAAAACAAUUCAUUAUUAGGUUUAGGCUUGUAAUAAGGUUCUAUUUUAAUAUAUGAUUUGGUUUUCUAAUCUGAAAGGUUUUAUCUUGAUAAACAUUAAUCUAUUGUGAGUCAUAUUGAAUUUUGUGAGAAUGAAAGAUUGGUGAGUUGUUCUUAUGAUGGCAGUGUCCAUAUAUAUAAUACAGCCGAAGGAACUACUUUAUGUAAAAGAACAAAUUAAUUUCGCAAAGGAACAAAAGUAAAUUAUGAGGAAUAGAAGCAAGGAUUAUGGAGAAUAAUAUCCUUAGCUAUAAGUAGCUCUGGAAUAGCAGUUGUUUAAGAUGCAGAAUAAGAAGUAAGAUUGUAUGAUGUGUGGAGAGGAGAAAAAAUUGCAAAAUUAUCUCCAAUCUAAGUAAUGGAUGAUUAAAAAAGAAAAUGGAGUGAUUAAAAAGUUAUUUUAAAAUGUUUUAGAAGUAUCAUUUAAACUUAAAUAAUUAGAUGAAAUUUUAAUUUCUGCUUAAGUUAUUGCCCAAGAGUAACUAAAUUGCUUGGAUUAAACUCAAACAACAAUACAAAUUUUUAAGAUUUUUGAUAGUCUAGUAAAUUUAUUUCCCUCAUUAUCAAAUGUUUAUAGAAAAGGAGUGGAAAAAGAUAAAAUUUUGAACUUGUUUGAAAAAAUUCCAAAAAAAGAAUUAUGGAAUGCUUAAUUUGAAGUGCCAAAUUUAAGUGCCUCUUAAAAUGUUGCGCUAAAAGUUCCUGGCUAAGAUUCAAAAACCAGAAAUGGUUCUUAAAUCUUACAUAAUUAGAGCUAAAAUGGCUAGCUGUAAUUAUUUUUUUUAAUUAGUAGAAAAAUGAGUUAAAGUAAAACUUCAUAAUAAAAACUCAAAGAAGGCAUGAAAGAUUCUUAAAUGGCAAAUUAAUAAUAAGAUUUUUAUGAAAAUAGAUCUGCUUCUUUAGUAGGUUCUUUACAUAAAUCAAUACAUUCAGAUAAAUUCGAUUACAAUUCCUCCUUCAGGAGUACAAAUUCACCUUAAAAUAACUUGAAUUCUCAAAAGAUUUUAAAGGGUAGUUCUACUCAAAAAGGUUUAACAAAGGAAAUGCUUCAUCCAGAAGAGCAUUUAUUAGAAAAAUCUGAAUUGUAACUUGCUUAAUUGAUUUUUGAAAAUUCUUCAAUGGUUGAACAUUGUAGAUUGAGAAAUUCAGAAAAACAAUUGAGAUCUGAGAAGGUUACUUAAUCUCUUCUAAAACUUGGUCAAAAGCUUGCCAUAGAAGAUGAAAAAAUGAAACUUUAAAUUAGAUACAGAUAACUUUAAAGAGCUAAAUGAUGCAC